AGGUAUCCCCAGCUUCGUCCAGCUCUGGGAAUUUCAGCCAGUUCACACCAGACUCAGCCACCAGCCCACAUUCGGCAUCCUCAUCCCCACAGCCUGCGGCUGAGCCUCAGAAGGGCAGAGAGGAUGGUGUGGGGGGAGUGAGGAAGGCCAAGAGCCGCACAGCCUUCUCCCAGGAGCAGCUGCAGACCCUCCACCAGCGCUUCCAGAGCCAGAAGUACCUCAGCCCCCAGCAGAUCCGGGAGCUGGCUGCUGCCCUGGGGCUCACCUACAAGCAGGUGAAGACUUGGUUCCAGAACCGGCGGAUGAAGCUGAAGAGGUGCCAGAAGCACAGCCUGUGGGGCGAGCGGGCGCAGUGCCUCAUGCAG